GAAUGUUGUUGUUGGUGGCGGCGGCGAACUGAGCCGGAGGAGCCGCCGCAAAGAUGGAGGAGCCGUCGAGUAGGCGCUGCUGCUGCUGCCGCCGCCGCUGCUGCCGCCGCCGCCUGCGAAGCUGGAGCUCGAGCCGCAGGGGGGAUGCAGUUCUGAGUGCCUGACUGCCUCGCCCGGAAGGAUGGCCUCGGAUGGGCAUUAGAGGCACAGCGGCCCCGGGCUCCUGUCCCGUCCGUCUGUCUGUUGUCGUCUGUCUCUCUUGACAUCACCGCAGCUCCACCCCCUCCCGUCCCAGCCCCCAACGCCAGCUUCCUGCAGGCCCAGAGCCGGCAUGAACUCUCCCAACGAGUCGGCAGAUGGGAUGUCAAGCCGGGAGCCGUCCUUGGAAAUCCUGCCGCGGACCCCUCUACAUGGCAUCCCUGUGGCAGUGGAGGUGAAGCCUGUGCUGCCAGGAGCCAUGCCCAGCUCCAUGGGGGGCGGGGGUGGAGGCAGCCCCAGCCCUGUGGAGCUGCGGGGGGCUCUGGCAGGCUCUGUGGACCCCGCGCUUCGGGAGCAGCAACUGCAGCAGGAGCUUCUGGCGCUCAAGCAGCAGCAGCAGCUGCAGAAGCAGCUCCUGUUUGCCGAGUUCCAGAAGCAGCAUGACCACCUGACGCGGCAGCAUGAGGUCCAGCUGCAGAAGCACCUCAAGCAGCAGCAGGAGAUGCUGGCAGCCAAGAGGCAGCAGGAGCUGGAGCAGCAGCGGCAGCGGGAGCAGCAGCGGCAGGAGGAGCUGGAGAAGCAGCGGCUAGAACAGCAGCUGCUCAUCCUGCGAAACAAGGAGAAGAGCAAAGAGAGUGCCAUCGCCAGCACUGAGGUGAAGCUGAGGCUCCAGGAAUUCCUCCUGUCCAAGUCAAAGGAGCCCACGCCCGGCGGCCUCAACCAUUCCCUCCCACAGCAUCCCAAAUGCUGGGGAGCCCACCAUGCUUCUUUGGACCAGAGUUCCCCUCCCCAGAGCGGCCCCCCUGGGACGCCUCCCUCCUACAAACUGCCUUUGCUUGGGCCCUAUGACAGCCGAGAUGACUUCCCCCUCCGCAAAACAGCCUCUGAACCCAACUUGAAAGUGCGUUCGAGGCUAAAGCAGAAGGUGGCGGAGCGAAGAAGCAGUCCCCUUCUGCGUCGCAAGGAUGGGACUGUCAUUAGCACCUUCAAAAAGAGAGCUGUUGAGAUCACAGGCGCUGGGACUGGGGUGUCAUCCGUGUGUAACAGCGCGCCUGGCUCUGGCCCCAGCUCUCCCAACAGCUCUCACAGCACCAUUGCUGAGAAUGGCUUUACUGGCUCAGUCCCCAACAUCCCGACCGAGAUGCUCCCCCAGCACCGGGCCCUCCCUCUGGACAGCUCCCCCAACCAGUUCAGCCUCUACACGUCUCCCUCUCUGCCCAACAUCUCCCUAGGGCUGCAGGCCACGGUCACUGUCACCAACUCGCACCUCACCGCCUCCCCGAAGCUGUCGACGCAGCAGGAGGCCGAGAGGCAGGCCCUCCAGUCCCUGCGGCAGGGUGGCGCGCUGACGGGCAAGUUCAUGAGCACGUCUUCCAUCCCUGGCUGCCUGCUGGGCGUGGCACUGGAGGGCGACACCGGCCCCCACGGGCACGCCUCGCUGCUGCAGCACGUGCUGCUUCUGGAGCAGGCCCGGCAGCAGAGCACCCUCAUCGCAGUGCCGAUCCACGGGCAGUCCCCACUGGUGACCGGCGAGCGCCUGGCCACCAGCAUGCGGACGGUGGGCAAGCUCCCGCGGCACCGGCCCCUGAGCCGCACUCAGUCCUCGCCACUACCCCAGAGCCCCCAGGCCCUGCAGCAGCUGGUCAUGCAGCAGCAGCACCAGCAGUUCCUGGAGAAGCAGAAGCAGCAGCAGCUGCAGCUGGGCAAGAUCCUCACUAAGACAGGGGAGCUGUCUCGGCAGCCUACCACCCACCCAGAGGAGACAGAGGAGGAGCUCACUGAGCAACAAGAGGCCUUACUGGGUGAGGGAGCCUUGACCAUACCCCGAGAAGGCUCCACAGAGAGUGAGAGCACACAGGAAGAUCUGGAGGAGGAGGAGGAGGACGAGGAGGACGAGGAGGAAGAGGACUGCAUCCAGGUCAAGGACGAGGAGGGCGAGAGUGGCACUGAGGAGGGGCCUGAUUUGGAGGAGUCCAGCUCUGCUUACAAAAAGGUGUUCUCAGAAGCCCAGCAGCUGCAGCCUCUGCAAGUGUACCAGGCUCCACUCAGCUUGGCCACUGUGCCCCACCAGGCGCUUGGCCGCACCCAGUCCUCACCUGCUGCCCCCGGGGGCAUGAAGAGCCCCCCAGACCAGCCCACCAAACACCUCUUCACCACAGGUGUGGUCUACGACACAUUCAUGCUGAAGCAUCAGUGCAUGUGUGGGAACACACAUGUGCACCCCGAGCAUGCUGGUCGGAUCCAGAGCAUCUGGUCCCGGCUGCAGGAGACAGGGCUGCUUAGCAAGUGUGAGCGGAUCCGGGGUCGUAAAGCCACAUUGGACGAGAUCCAGACGGUUCACUCCGAGUACCACACCCUGCUUUACGGGACCAGCCCCCUCAACCGACAGAAGCUGGACAGCAAGAAGCUGCUUGGCCCCAUUAGCCAGAAGAUGUACGCCAUGCUGCCUUGUGGGGGCAUAGGGGUGGACAGUGACACCGUGUGGAACGAGAUGCACUCCUCCAGUGCCGUGCGCAUGGCGGUGGGCUGCCUGGUGGAGCUGGCCUUCAAGGUGGCAGCGGGGGAGCUCAAGAAUGGAUUUGCCAUCAUUCGACCCCCAGGACACCAUGCUGAGGAGUCCACAGCCAUGGGAUUCUGCUUCUUUAACUCUGUAGCCAUCACAACCAAACUUCUGCAGCAGAAGCUCAACGUGGGGAAGGUUCUCAUCGUGGACUGGGACAUCCACCACGGCAACGGCACCCAGCAGGCCUUCUACCACGACCCCUCUGUGCUCUACAUCUCCCUGCAUCGCUAUGACAACGGGAACUUCUUUCCAGGCUCUGGGGCUCCUGAAGAGGUUGGCGGAGGGCCGGGCGUGGGGUACAAUGUGAACGUGGCAUGGACGGGAGGUGUGGACCCCCCCAUCGGAGACGUGGAAUACCUAACGGCCUUCAGGACAGUGGUGAUGCCCAUUGCCCACGAGUUCUCACCGGAUGUGGUCCUCGUCUCCGCCGGGUUUGAUGCUGUUGAGGGGCACCUGUCUCCGCUGGGUGGCUACUCCGUCACUGCUAGAUGUUUUGGCCACUUGACCAGGCAGCUGAUGACGCUGGCAGGGGGCCGGGUGGUGCUGGCCCUGGAAGGAGGCCAUGAUUUGACCGCCAUCUGUGAUGCCUCUGAGGCCUGCGUAUCAGCUCUGCUCAGCGUGGAGCUGCAGCCCUUGGAUGAGGCAGUCUUGCAGCAAAAGCCCAACGUGAAUGCAGUGGCCACGCUAGAGAAAGUCAUCGAGAUCCAGAGCAAACACUGGAGCUGUGUGCAGAGGUUUGCUGCUGGUUUAGGCCGUUCUCUGCGGGAGGCCCAGGCAGGUGAGACGGAGGAGGCCGAGACUGUGAGCGCCAUGGCCUUGCUGUCGGUAGGGGCCGAGCAGGCCCAGGCUGCUGCAGCCCGGGAGCACAGCCCCAGGCCAGCAGAGGAGCCCAUGGAGCAGGAGCCUGCCCUGUGACACCCUGGCCCCCAUCCCUCUGGGCUUCAUCAUUGUGAUUUUGUUUAUUUUUUCUAUUAAAAACAAAAAGUCACACAUUCAACAACGUGUGCUGUGUGGGUCUCUCAGCCUCGCCCCUCCUGCUCCUUUCAGCUGCCUCAGGCCCCCGGUUCCGUGGCCCACUUCCCAGCUAUAGAAGUAUGCUCUCCUGAGGGGCAGGGGUAUCCUCUUCUUCCGUGCCCCCCCACCCCCCGCCCCGCCCCGUGGAGCCCUCAUUCACUGUCUUGCAUCCUGUCCUCUUCCCCCUUGGAGCCUAGGCUAGCCGAGGGCCGGCACGGGGCCUAGACUGUACCUUCUGGUUUUCGGGUCUCCUUGAGUGAGAACAGUGUUCGGUGCCUGGGCUGCAGCUAACUUGAGGGGCAUUGCCUUAAUUUCCCCCUCCUCCCCACUCCAGCCUCAGGGAGGAUCCCGAGGGCCCCUCUACAGUGGAAGAUGUAGAGUGGUGGGGAGGUGGGCUCCGCCCUGCGGUUCUCUGCCCUUUAUCCCUCUGCUGUCCCCCGGUCUCUGCAGGCCCCUUCCCUCUUUCCUACUGGCCCCAGCGCUAAGGGGGCGCUUGUGCCCUAGGGUGUGGGCCUGAGGUCUGCGGGCAGCGCUCUCUGGCCUCGCACUCCUCAGGGCCUGUCUCCCCUUCCCAGGGCUGUGGGGAAGUCUGUGGGGAAGGCCUAGAAGCUCAGAGCCAGACCUGCUCUCCACCUUACUGUUGGCUUCCUUGCCCCUCUGCUCGCAGGAGUUGGGGAGGGGGAGAAGGUGGUCCCUGCAGGGGGGCUCCUGGCUGGUGAGAGCCCCCCUGCUGUUCAGGACCAGAUUUCCCCAGCCACCCAGCACUGCGGGUAGAUGGGCUGCGGCCCAGCUCCCUCCUGAAGCCUUUUGCUUUGAAGCCUGGGGACGGUGAGGGGCCCAGUUCUAGAAGGGGAAGGGUCAAGCCCAGGAACUCAGGAGUCUGCCCUCAGCUAGGUGACCCUUCCUCCUGGGUGCCCUUUGCUGGUCAGCAGCCCAAGGGAGCUAAGAGCAGGAGGGGCUGGGCCCUGCCCUUUCUCUGUCCUGGGGGCCCCACUGAGCCCUUCCCGGAUUCUUCUAAGGGAUGGUGUCAGCCUGCAGAAAACCAAAGAUGGGAAGCGGCUCCUAAGGGCUGAGUCUUCCUCUCUCCGACUCCCGCACUACAUAUUCAUCCUUUUCUCCAGCCCCAGAACCCCACCAAUCUGUUUACAUAUUUAUUACCCUAAUGGGGGCCUGAGCAGGGUUGAGGGAGCCAGGGGAGGGGCCGGAGUCCCACCGCCAUUGGUUCAUUGUGCGCUUGUGUCUUGUGUGUUGUAUGUUCUAGAUUCUCCUGGGGGACAGGGAUGGGGCUAGGCCCGGUGGACCAGGCCCCCCCACGCUGAGCUCCAGCUCCAGGCCCCUUGCCCGCCCUCCCCCACGGCUGGUCUGUUUCUCAUGUAAACCCACUCCUUGCUUUGUUUCCCUGGAUAUGGAUUUCAGUUAAGUAUUUUGUAACCUGUUAUAUUGUGUGUCCUUGUGUAAAUAAACUUGUUUCUGGC